AUGUGGCAUUUCAGAGGGGAAUGCGGUUGUGAAGUGCAGAGUGUUCUUCUAUAUUAUCAAACCAAGGUUUGUCUGAAUGUACAUUUAACGUGCGUAUAAUAUAUAGAUUUAGCCAGGGCUAAAAGGGAAGCUUUUGUUAAUAAUACUUGUAAACAAAAAAAAUUAAAUCGUGUAAUGCUAAACGGGGAGGGCGAUGAAAAUGGCAUCUAAUUAGCAAAAAAAAAAAACAAACAAACAAAUUGCACGUGCAGCACACUUUUUUUUCUCAUUAGCAAAACAACAAAUUUGCACGCGCAGCUUGCUUUUUGUCUUUCUUUGCCGUUGUUUUGCACAACUACAACCCUGUUUUGUACGACUAAAACGUCAAACGUCCUAGCUACACAUUAUUUCUAUGGAGGAAUUGUCGUAUGUGCUGACCCAAUACUUUGUCUCCGGUGUUCAUGUUCGCUUUUAUUUUUCACUGCCGCUCAUUUUCACCUUGCUGGCCGCUAGCAUAUCUCAUUGUCUCACAGCCGCUUUGAAUUUUCGUGUUUUUCUUCGAACAAAAUUCGUCUCUUUUGUUUUCAAUCACUCGCUCUAGCUCUUUCUCUUUUAUCCACGUGAGUGUAAACAUCAAAAAUAACGACUUUGUUGUUGUUUUUUCUUUCUAAAGUCCGGGCGGCCAAGCGAUUUCUUUCCAAAUAAAACCUUGAGUUGCAUUUGGGUUGCCAUACCUGUUCAUUGAAUUAUUUUACAUUGGUAUGCCUGUGGUGCGGACAGACGGUCGGGCGGUCGGUCGGUGUACGGUCACGUGAUUACCAAAUUUUCUCGAAUGGGUAGUUUACCACAUUUUUUUUACCCAUGGUGCUCCGCUACUUUUAUGAUAUUUAGGGCUAUAUAGGCCUGGGCCUAUACUAUCGAUGGAUAACCUAUUAACAAUAAAUAUUUUAGUUGGGUAUAGGGUGACUGAAGAGAAAUCUAGCCCAAGUGUGAAUAUGCUUUUGAUUAAUUUGUUAUCAGAUAAACGCUUUUCCUAACUUCUCCUUCCUCCUAUACUCCCAAAGAAGGCCUCCUUGCAGGUUACGAUCGAAAAAACGAAAACGCGGGAGCAGGCGGAUGGCGUCGAUCUCCACGUCCUCCACGUUUCCCUCGAGAGUCAGUUCACAGACCAGUCGAUUAACGUCUCCGAAAAACCUGAUUAAGUAAAGCUUUUUUUGAUACUGUUACCUUGGUUCUAAGUUUUAUGUUUUUAUGUCAGUGUACCAAGUACUUUACUGUAUCAGUUCAAAUUAAGCCACAAAGUAGUAUUAGAAAUAAAUAAAUAAGCUAAUCAAUCUGCCUAUUGGCAAUUGGUUGAUGGGCAGGCGUUUUCAUAUUUGAAUGAGGAAAGGAUUCAUAGAACUCUCUUAAUGAGGGUGUUAAAGUAGGAAGAAAGUAGAUCUAAAAUAAAAAAUAUAUAAAGAGAGAGGAUAUAACACGGUGGCGCGAAGAUAUGAGUUUUAUUUUCGAGUGGCAAAACAAUAUUUUGCGAACGAGCGCAGCGAGUGAGUAAAAUAUUUGUUUUUGCCACGAGAAAAUACUGAAUUCAUAUCUUCAAGCCGCUGUGUAAUGUUCUUUUUAUUAUAUAGACCAAAAGACAUCGAUAAAAAAAUAGAGGGAAAUGACCGAAAUUACGUCAUCGAUAAACUCACGUGAGAGAUUAUGGAAAAUAAACCACUCGGGUCCCGGAUGUAGUUUUUAUGAAUUUUACGAGUGGUAUAUUUUUCAGCAAAACACUCAUGUCUAUACAAUAAAUACAUAAAUAUAUAUAUAUAUAUAUAAAACAAAAACAAAUUAACAGAUACUGAAAGACUCUUGUUCUUGGGCCAUCGUAGCUAAAUCAAAAAUAAAACGCAAACAGCGGUGAUAAUAAGUUACUUAAAAAUGUGAAAUUUCACAUUGUUUAACACCGCUGUUAGUGUUUUAUUUUUUAUUAAAAUAACAGCUAUUAUUAUACAUUGUAUUCACUAUCUGUCUUCUUAUUGGCUAAGAGCCUACUGUUAAGUUUGAAAAUCAGCGCAACCUACAGAUUAGUUAGUUAUCCUCUAGCAGAUACUUGACACUUACAUUUACCUCCCUAGACCUUGAUUUAUCCAGAUACUGACAAAAACCUCAUCCAAUAACAUUAAUCAGCUUUGUGCAUAGACCCCCAGGAAUUUUGGAUAUAUAUAUAUUUUUUUACGUCCAAGGUAUCCAAAGUGAAGCAGACUGACUUUGUACAGACAGCUACUGAGCUGCGAGGGGCGUUCAAACACUUCAUCAACAAGGAAAUAUACCUCAAUCUCAUGACGAGGCUAAAGGAUUCCAUGUGCAGCAGACAACCAAAGCAGAAAAGCACCUUAUGGGAUAAAAUACAACAGUAUUGUCAGGUAUCAUUGAAGUUACUCCUUAUCUUCCCAAUUCUAAAGAGAGGGAAAAUGUCAGAAAGCAAGUGCACCAAAAGCUACAUUUUUGCUCAUUGAAAGCUUCAUCUCAUAACCUUUACAAAAAGCCUUAAGCAGCGUUUGUCUCAGCGUCGUUCCCAUGGUUCUCUCUCUUGCUUCGAGAAAGAACCCUGGUUGCGGCUGGUCACGUGGCUCCCAAAAUCUGGGGGGCCAAAAAUAAGGGAGGGGAAGAAGAGUAAAUAAUUGUCGCUGUCACCAAAGUUACUCUGUCGGUGCCCGAGAGGAGUUUGUCGCCUCGUUUAUUAUCAGCUAAUGGUACGGGUAUUUGAAAAGGUCAACAACACCCGAAGAAAUAGUAUUGCGUAAUAGAAGAGAGAGAACGCUGAGAAAGAAGUUGGCUAUAGGCGAAUAUUUCUUUACACCUUUUGCCUCAUUAACAUAUGCUUAUCACUAUCUGAUGACGCUAAUUUAAAAGCAACUAUGAAUAUUGAGAGGGCAUAACAGUUUCAGUUAUCUCUGAAAAGUUGAGCCCAUUACACCGAAUGGUUUCGGAGAAAUUCUCUUCUAAAAAGUCGAAAUUUUACAGAGAAUGUAUAUGGCUCACUUACUUUUUUGCCACACGACAAUUUCGCAGUUUUUGAUGGCUGAUAUUUCCUUUAAUAUUGCUUGCAAAGAGCUGAAAAUUACCCAAAUUGCUCAACUUAAUCAGCUCUUUCAACUUUUGAAUUUAGUUCAUAUACAUACGGCCACGGCUUCUAUGAGUUAAGUUGUAUGCUAAUGAGGAAAAGGUACAUCGUGCACCAACCGAUAAAUUAACCAAAGCAGAAAAUAACGUAAUAAUCUUUUUAAAGAUUAUUGUGUUAUUCAUGUAAACCUGACCUUUGCAUUAUCUUUUCCUUUGCGUGAACUGCACCUGCGGAGUAUGCAAAUUUACCGUAAAAGCUGAGUUGCACGUACAAAUCGAGCAAGAUUUUUAGUAUCCUGUUGGCAGGAUGGCGAGCAAAUCUUUUUUCACUUACAAACUCUCUAAACAAAUGACCUAAUUUUCCUUCGAAAUAAUGUUAUCGUAAGUAGCCGAAAGUCACCCAGCAUGCACGCAACUUAGAAACUCAAGGGCCAUUUUGAAGGAAGAAUUUUUUCCUUACCCCAGAUGGUAUUCCAUCGUCCAUUAUACAAUUCCAGUCGACAAAAUCUAUUUGAGGACCUACUCGUGCUUCGCAAUUUAUUGACACACAUUUCCACGUGACCAGCUGUAACCAGGGUUCCUUCUCGUAACAACAGAGAGAACCCUGGGAACGAGGUUGAUAGUGUCAGUAAGGAAGAAACAGACAGCUGAUGACCAGGGGCUCUGAAAAUCCUCAAAAUUAUUUCAGGGGGUUAGUUCAUUCUUCCAAGUACGCCCGUAAAUAUCAAACGAAAUGUAAAGGUUAAAAUCAUGUUUUCGAAGGAAAGCUUUAUAAUUCAUGUUGAUCAGGGAGAGCUUCUAUUUAAAUUUCAAGCAUAAUAUUUUUGCAAAUUAUUAUGUUUUCUUGACACUUCCUGCCUGGCCAUCUUGGGGUUUCUCGUUUUAUGACCUUAAGGGACAAAUUGAAACAAAUUCAUCAGCUAAAUAUGAGGGGACAGCCUCACAAAAAUAACAUAAUGCACACAAGAAAAAGCACUUUUUGGUUUCGUUUAAGCUUUGGGGUCCUACAGACUUAGAUGAGAGAGAAAACAGAGAAGUACACUUUAAGAACAAAUUUUGCCAGGAAGUUGAGUAAGUUUAACGCAAUUAUAUUUCAGUUAAAUUUGUACUGACAAUUUCUACGAUAUCUUGAUUUCAUCUAUGAAUUUUUUAAAAACGUUGAUCAAAAAUGACGCAAAAUAAAUAUCUAGCCAAAUUUUUCAAAGUGUCCAGCAACAUUUAAAGUCAUUUGAGUGAGGAAAAGGACAAAUGGCAUGGUUUAAUUGCGUCCGAGAAGCCCGCACCAGCAAAAAAAAGGGCAAGGAAAAACAGGAAGGGCGAGAAUAAAAGAAAGGAGGAGAAGAGAAAAAAAACAAUGGCUUCACUGGAGAGACUGGAGAUAGUCAGUGGAGAAAAAAAAGGCUUGACGGGAUUGGUCCACUUUAGGGGUAACGUUUUCAAAUCCAGCUAGAUAUUUUAAUUAAUGAACGACUAAAUAUAUUAAUUAAUUCUUAAUAACAAUAGACCAUGUUAAUGAUAAUUUAAUGAAAUAUAAUAAAUACGUUGGUAUGCAAUUUUCGCAAUAUUCUACUAACAAUUUGUAUUGGUCUCGGUGUUAUUUAGUUAUUUAUUCUUAUUGUAUUAAAAGUAGGUCCACAGGACUCGAAGCAGGUGUAGUUAUAUCAUCAAUUGGUGGAACUAAGUGUAAACCUAAGAGUGGUAUAACAGUUGUGGAUAUAAACCAUUCCGAGGGAAACUUAACACAGGUUAGUAGUCAAACUGUUUACAGCCAAAUACCUUCCCUGGAUGCCAGAGGGUUUUCUUUCUUUCCUCCUCUCUGAUAGUUCUCGAAGCCUCGUCUCGGCUGAGCUUUUUCAAACCGUAAGCAAGGUUUAUUUCAUCCUAGUUAUUUCGAGAACGGACUUCUGGAUCCAGCCAGGGUAACAGCCAAAUGGUUUCGACACAAAAAAGUGCUUGUUCUUCAAACAAUCAAUAAACUCCAUCGAACACUUCAACGACAUUAGCUGCUUUACACAAUCAAUGAACCUGCCCGGCUAUUCUCAGAUAGAUUUUGAUUUGAACAUAAGGCUUUUAAGUUAAAAAACGAGAUUUUCGAGAACCAGACUGUACUGGCUAGAAAAUAUUGCGAGAUGAUACCUUUAUGUGGCUCAAAGAUAGACAAGCAACGAUAAUGUUAAUGAAAAACUCUCCGGAUUUAAGAGUCGGUCUGUUGUGGGAUGAGGAAGUUACAAACAGCAAAGCCUAGUUAGCCUUCUAACACUAUUUGCCGACAUUUGGCUCAGACUGGCUGCAGCUAUUAAGAGGUAUACUUAUAUUUUCUGCCCAUUUACUAUCGUCAUGGGCACGAUGAUCCGUUUUGGACUUCGUUAGUCUUAAUCGAUUUUUUAUCGGUUACUCUCUAGACAAUGACUGGUACAUUAGCUUUUACAGAGCCCAGAGAGAUAGUUUGGACCACGGUCGGUUACCUUAAUGAAUGAACGACUUAUGACAUCUUAUGAUGGACUAAGCCAAGCGAUCAGCUUGUACUCUACUCCUGUGAAGGUGGCAAACUUCACGUUUUAAGCCGCUGUCUAAUGACAAAGCAUUCGUCAUUCGCGACUGUGGUUUCCACGUUAUAAGCUAUAGAACGACAGCAGCGAUCUAUUUGCUUCACCGGAAUUUUACGGGUACUACGAAUUGAGGCUUCUGAUAAGUAAAAGGAAAUGUGAAAAUCCAGCCAUUGCGCGGCAAUUUUGACAGGUACCCCUGAAUAAUCUAUAUUAAAUUUAAAUUUUCAUUUGCAUUUUUAGAUCGUAAACAACGUUAACUCUAGUGACUGCUUGGUAACGUCAUAUCACGAGGUAUGUGUACAGCUAUUUCGAGAAAGGUUGUCGGAAAAAGUACACGCGACAAUCUCGAAAGGUAUUGUGGGCCAGCCUCCUCCUCAGGCGCUUCGUUUUUCGCAUGGCAGAGGCGAGCGCGAAACGAGUGACUGGCGAGAGUGCACUGUUCUUCAAAGAAACUUGAAAGAAUGGCACGGGAGGCAACGGACAUAUGUUUGCGAGCGUUGGAAAGAAAUGUGAGCAAGGAAAACAAAACCAGUUAAAGGGGUGUGGAUAGGAAAAGAGGGCGAAGGAGAUCUUCCUUUCUCUCCUUUUUGUAUCCUUUUCCUUUUUUCCGCUUGUUUCCCUCCGUUCUCUAUUUCGCGCCGCUCUCUAAAAACUCCUGGAAUAGGCUAAAUUCUGAAUGAUUCUUGCAGAUAUAUUAUGAUGCCAUUAUGAAUAAAAAUAGGCCUUAAAACUUAAAUCAGUAGUUUUUGUUCACUUCCUUGGCUUGUUUUUUUGAAUUGAUGAAUAUUUCAUAUCUAGUAUUACGAUUCUGUAAUGACGCAUAUAAAACAAAACUCAACUGGCUGAUAAAAUAACCGUGUUAGCAGAACUGUUUUUUAUGCGAUUCAAUUUUUAAGAAACGAUUAAAUUGUUAUUGUUAUCAAAUGGAUGGUGAUCACUAUAGGGCCACUCCCGGGUGACGGAAAAGGUCAGGGAUCACUUAAUAGUAUAAGGGAUCGUAGAUCUGACUACACUUACUACUUUUGCAGGGAAACAGGACAAUAACAGUCAGAAGAAUCGAUUCUGGAAAAAGAGAGAGACACGAGAAAAGAAGGAAACUUGUUGAAUUGAGUUUAAUAUCUGUAUCACUCGUGGCAAUAGUUUUGUCGCUGAUUUUCUUGUCAUGCAUCAGGUAAACGAUAGAAUGUUAUAUAAGUUUAUUGCCAAAGAUUCAUCUGGCAGUCUUUGUUCGUGUUGCAUUGUAAGAAAUGACUGGAGAUAAGCAUCCCUUUUUUUCUCUACAGACAACACUCAAUACAGUCCAGCGAGAAGCUCUUUAUCCAUAAAAAUUUUCUUCUUUCUUGGGGUAUUGGGUACGCCGUUUACAUUGUGGAUGUAGCUGCUUUUGAGAGCAUUUAUCGAAGGACUGUAAGUAACGCAGGGUACCUGGGUUCCUCAGUGAACAAACCACUUGUUAACGCAUAAUACCAUUAAUAUGGACACUUAAGGGACAAUGGGCAGUGUCCGUAUUAAGUCAGUCGUGUUGAGGACAUCAAAUACACAUCAUUUUUUCGAAAAUAACAAACGUUUAAAAUAACCCAGGAAUCAACAAACUAAACGUCUCUGACUUACAAAAUACUUGUUAUUGCUUAGAGAAUAACUUGAAAUUAAAGCGGAAAAUAUUGAAGGAGAAACGCUCCAUAAAAAUGUAUGGAAUCCAUCAUCAAAGUGGUCUUUUUUUCUAGAGAAUCUCAAUCGUAGAUUUUUGUAAACUAAAUCACAACAAUUUAUUUUCUUACCUGAACCACCAAUUCAUGAAUACAAGCAAAUUAGCAACCCUUAGCGUGUCACUGCAUCCACACGUUACUGUUAUAAAGUAGGGGGAAUCAAAAAUCAAACGAACUGGUGAAAAUACUGUUCAACCCUGCAACGAAUGAGAAAUUCAGGUCUUUUUUUAAUUGCUUGUUUCAAUCAACAGGCUCUGUGCUCAGUUGUUGCCGUGAUCCGCCACUUCUUUCAAACAGCAGUCUUCACGUGGAUGUUGGUUGAAGCAGUAAGUCUUUUCAUGAAACUGGUCAAAGUGAUAUCGACUUAG